CACACACACAACAACUUCUAGACUCAUUUAUUUCCCCAAAAAACUUCUCGCAUUCGGGGGAAGAAUCUACUCGAUUCUCGACCUUAUUCACUGCUACGGGGAUCAAUUCAGAACCCAUCAACUCUCCCCCUUUAUUUUCUACACCCCCAACCCCCCCUGAACGAAUAAAUAUUUAACCCCAUACAUAUAUAUAUAUAUAAAUAUAUUCUGACGAUAAGCUGUUCAGUCUCGAUCUUAACCAUGAGCGACACGGAUUUAUACGGAGGCCCGUCAACCGAGGAGUUGGUGAUGACGCCGGGGGGAAAGGGCAGCCGGAAGCCGUUGGAAACGUCUACGCCAAUCAAGGCCUUCAGCAACAGGACCGGAUAUCCGGAUCCGCGGAUCGUGACACACAGGGUCACCAGUAAUCCGGCCCUGGUGAUGGCAGGGAAACGCUGCUGGAGUCUCACCGACAUCUCCAGCAGUUGCUGCGACGGAUUCGGGGAUGGGGAAAUAAUGUUCAGGGGCGUCACUUCUGACAAGGAAAGGCUGGAGAAAACAAUGCCCAACCUGGAACAAGCCCCAGACAGCAGCAAACUUGACGCAGUGAAAAAAAUACAGCAGACCAUCCUUGUGUACUCCUAUCGCAAAAAGAAGAAGAGACUCCUAGAACUCACAUCUCAGUACCAGGAUCUACACUCAAAGUACAACAAAAGCUUGCUGAUGCUGAAAGCCAGCAAGGCUGAGGCGGAAAUUGAAAGAUGCUCAGCAGGUAGCUACAAGAAAGACUUCACUUGUGCCCUGAGUCAACUGGAGGAGCAACAAGCCGUGUCCAGAAGUCUCCAAGAGGAAAUCCGGAAAGUGUCCGAGGAAUCCAGGGAAUGCAAGGAUAUCAUGCGUCUCCUCAAAGAAGAAUCCGCUUCCAAGACCGUCACUGUUUCGGAAUUGCAAUUGAAAUUGUCCUCCACGACGGAUUCGUUGCUGCAAACGGAAAAUAAUCUUUCUGAGCACGUGCAAAUGAUGACUACACUCAAAGACCAAGUCGCAGCACUGACACACAACGUCACGAAUCUGACAUCAAAAGUGGCAGCAUUAGAAGAGGAGAACACGAUCCUGCAACGCGAAGUUUCCCUUGAUGAAGAGAACUUGACCCGAGCAAAGUCAACCAUUGCAGACCUGGCUUUCAAGAAUGAAGAACUCAACAACUCUUUGGUCACGACGCACGAAGAUAAUAUUCUGUUGAAACGAAGCAUACAAAAGCAGCAACAAGAAGCCGAGGUCUUCAACAGAACCAUUGAAGACCUGAAUGAAACCCUGGCUGACGUCAACGCGAGCAGGGAUGGAAUCUCAGCUAUGCUGGACGUUUUGAGGGCUGAAAACCAGGCGUUGAAGGACCUGAACAAGAAGCACUUGCAGGAGGUCUUGGAAGCUCGUUCUGAAGCUGUUGGGCACAAGAAACUUGUUUCCACCAUCUGCUGGCUUCCGGGGUUGCUGCUCAAGUGCGUCUGGGUUUCGCUGUUGCCGAUUCACCCCAAUUCCGCCGCCGCAGUCAAUUUCCGGAUUUGAAUGAUAUUGUUGAUGGAAGAUGAAGAACGCCGGUGCUUUUCGUUAUCCUGUUGCCGAUCUUGAUUUUUCCUCCUCAUUUUCUCCAGGUUUUCUUUUCUGGAAAUGCGUGAAACACGGGAUAUAUACAAUAAAUGAAUUGCGAGUGACGAAAAAGUAAGAAA